AAUUGUUUAAAAAUGGAAGAACGCACUUGGUUACUGGAGUAGAACGGUCGUUUUCUGUACACUAAAUCCCAUUGCAGGCUGUUUCACAUUAAAGAAUGAAAAUGAAUGUCUUGGAACCAACAUCUCGUGUGGGAGUUGCCCUUGACCUUAUCCUAAACACACUGAUAUCAUCACAGGAUUUUAAUGAGUUGCAGACGAAAAAUUGGGAAGCUAUUGCUAGGCUUAUACCUGGGUCUUCCCCAGGACAGGUUGCUAGAAGAUAUGAGGAGUUAUUGCUGACAGGGGAUGUGUAUGCUAUGAAUCAGUUUGAAAAAAAUUAUACCAUUCCUGGAGCUUCAUCACAAGUCAGUCUGACAGAAUCUGAUCUUAGCAGUAAGACUGGAGGAAGUUGUCCAGGAUCUGCUUCACAGAAAGGAGAUAAAGAUAGCAAGGAUACAAAUGAUUCCAAAAGUAAACAAAGCGGGAGAAACAGUGAUGAUCAAGGUCCUGUUAUGACUAUACAUGUCUGUGAUGAAGCUAAAAGCUUGAAACAAGACUUCCAUUGUCCUCGGGAUCUGCUGGUCCAGGAGAUGAAAUAUUUUGCAGAGUAUUUAUCAACAGAUGCACAGCGCUGGGAAGAAGUAGAUAUUUCUGUUCACUGUGAUGUACAAAUUUUUGAUUGGUUGAUGAAAUAUGUUAAACGAGGAUCAAAAGAUGUACCAGAGAAACCUAGGCUUGAAGCCAGCAAUGUGAUAUCAAUUUUGAUUUCGUCUGAUUUUCUCAAAAUGGACUCACUUGUACAAGAAUGUAUAGAGUAUUGCCAUGGUAACAUGUCAGCUAUAGUCUCAACACCAUGUAAUAUGAAUUGUAUCAACGAAAAACUUGUUGGAAGGAUAGCUGAUCUGUUUACACACAAUGAAGCUGAUGAUAUAAAAGACAGAAAAGAUAAAUUCAAAAGUAAAUUAUUUGCUAAGAAGUUGGAGAAACUGUUUGAUGCUAAUUCUACAAAUCCUGAUUCUCCAGAAUGUGCUGCUACAUUGAUGAGAUGUUCUGUUUGUAAGAAAGUCAUGGGUGGUAGUCUUGAGAAGAAAUUAAAAUGUACACCUAGCAGAUUAACUGUAGAUAGGAGAGGAACAUUAACAUUUUGUCACAUACGAGAUCCAUCUUUUGAUGUUAAUGAGUACCUAUUGGAACUGAAAGGACAACUGAAGACCUGGCGAGAGGUUUACUGGAGAGUAUGGGGGACCAUCAAUUAUCUUAUUUGUACACGAUGUAAGGAGGUGUUCCCCUGCAGUGACCUCGGACAUUGUAAAUACCACCCUGAACCAGCAAGAUAUGAUAAUGAAGGAUCCCUAUAUUCCUGUAUCGGGACUUAUCCAUGUUGUCAUCAGAGGGUAUUAAGGUUUGAUCCAACACAACAAAACAAGGGAUGUCGAGUUCGUGAUCACAUUGUGACUGUGUCUGAUCUGCCGACAGAGGGUGAUAAGCCUCCACAAAAUGGGGUCUAUGAUGACCUACUUUCUCACCGAGAUGUUAUCUGUGUACCAUACCAAAGACUGUCAGAUGCCAGUGAAAUGGAGUUUAAAUUAUUUGAUAAUGAAGAGUUUGUAUGCUACUCGCACAAAGACGGAACAGCUAUUCACCCUGCACUACUGGCUGCUGUUGAUGAUGACAAAAAACCUGAGGCUGGAAAACCUCAACCAAGAUUACAGGCUCUUACUAUGGAGAGAGAAUUAUCAUUUGAAUAUGAUGAUGUUGGUCUAGGAGAGAGUGAUGAUGAAGUAGGAGACGAUGAACAACCAAGGGGGACAGCCCGUAGAUCUAGAGGCAUUAAGAAGUCUAUGGUUACAAUAGAUCCACAGGCAAUUUUAAUGGAUGCCCCAGAAUUUGAACAAACAAAGAAAUCCACCUGGGAUACAGGCAGAUCAAUGAGAUAUAAUCAAGAUGCACAGAGACAGGAAGAUCAAAGAAGGAUGAAAGAGAUCAGGGUUUAUUUGACAAAGUUAAGAUUGAAUCCAGAGAAAAUUGAUAAGCCUAAAAAGGAGUUUUUGGGAGGACAAUUUUGUAAAAUUGAAUCACAGUGGAGAGCCAAUAACUUACAGAAUGGGAACAAACCAGGCAUUGGAACAUUUAGGGGUAGACCUAUUGUUGGUGGUGUGCGACGGGAAAAAUCACACAUGUAUUGAUGUCGUCAAGGGCAAAACCAAUGAGGUUUUCAUCCCUGAGGUCAUCCAUGUCUUGAUCAACAGUAUUAAAGUCACCCAGUACAAUAACAUGGAUGUUAACACUAGAAACAUUGGACAAAGUCUUGCCACUGUUGACAUUUAAGCAUUUAAGACUUUUUAUUCCCUGAUAAUGCAUUUAAUGCAAGAAAUCAUUUUAGCAGACGACAGGUGCACAGGACAUUUUGCAAAUAUGCUGCAUGUAUUACUCGGAAUAAUUUGCAUUUUAAUUAGAAAUGAAUUAAUAUUUUUUAUGAUUUUUAAUGUUUUGAAAAUGUGUGAAAUAGAAAAUCUCACAAUGAAAAUUAUCUCACUGCACAAAAAUAAGUUUUUAUUCUUGCAAAAAAAUACAUAUGAAGAAAUACUUGUAUUCCUGGUACUGAGAAAAUUUAAUAUUAUAUUUGCUGGUUAUUUACUAUAUUGUGGGAACAAGUUGUGAGGAAUUUAUUAUCUCUCAUUUUGUGAUAAGAGAGAAAAUAUUACCUCCUGUAAAUUUGAAGUAUUAUCCUAAUAGGUGAAUUGGUCUAACAUAUUGAGGUAUUUUAUUGAGUUCUGUUUUGAGUCUUGAAACCAAAUAUUUGGAUAAACUUUCUUUUUGAAGAUUCUAUAGAUUGUCUUAUUUUUUUCUAAAGUUGAUAACAUUAUUGAUUACCGGUAUUAUGAAUUUGAAAAUAUGAAAAAGAUUAAAAAGUAUAGGAAACCCUAGUCAUCUGAUGACUUGUCCAAAUACAUCUUAAAUCUAUGUUGCCUUCCUGAGUUUUCAUUUUACCUGGUACACAAAUCACUUGUAGCUGAAUGGCAUCAUGGAUGUUUUUUUAAUAUAUUUGAUCAAAAUAUUAUUGAAGUUAACACAUUAAUUUUUGCUUUCAUGUCAUGGGGUUUUGUGUUUGGGUUUCUUAUUGACAAUUUCACAACAUCUGUUUAUUUUAUGAAGAUAGGAAAAUGGUCAUUAUCAGUUCAUUUGAAAUAACCAAACCAGUACAUAGAAGGACUUUUUUUCCAUAUAUCAGUCCGGAUUGGGUCUUUAUUUUUGCAAUAGUUUAAGAUUUUCUAAUCUCUGGAAUUCAUAAUUAAUUUUUCUGGAUAUGGGAAGUAAUGCGCUAUUUUUUCCAGGAAUUCGGGAUGACCCCCCCCUGCUACCAUGCCGUGACACAGGCUAGCUUUAAUUGUAAAAAAAAUUUUCUGUGUUUCAUUGUCUUAACCAACCUAUUAUGCAACUGUAGACACAUGUGUUAUUUAAGUAUGAUUUAUUUUUUAACUUUUGUUGUUAUUUAUUUUCUGUGUUACACUGUUUAAUGAACAAAGGUGUGAUAGUGCAUUGAACAUUAUUUUAUGAAAAUUUUUACACAAAAUCCUAACAAAGGGCAAGUAGGUAUACCAUAACAAUUUUAAUUUACUAUUCAUGUAUUCUUUUAUUUGAUUUUAAGCAGUCUAUGUGAUUUAUUUAUGAUUAAAGGUAAUUAAUGACAAGA